AAGAAUACUAUUUAAUCAACCAAUGAAUACUUUAAUGCAUGAGUACUUGGUGCGUUGUCGGAGUAAUACCAUUCGGGACACUCCGAUCGCUUACAUUCAGCCGAUCGCGGGUUGGCUGGUCGGCCCAUUUAAACCAAAUCAUUUAAUUUGUAAUGAUAAUGGACUUGUCACUGGAGUCUCGCUCGGCCAUUAUUCAAUUCAGGAAAUUUUAAUCUCUACUAAACAAAAAGAAAAGAGGAAGGGGAUGGGUUAUACGGAUGGAAAAGAGGGGGGUGGGGCUUUUUGUGUUGUGUACACAAGUGUGUGUACACCCGUGUGUACCAGGUUGUGUAGACAGCAUAUUUUCCAAGGAUGAUUUUGGAUAACAGUGAAUAUGUCUAAUCAAUCAGGUGUUGUCUUGUCGCUGUCUUAUCCUCUGCAUCUCCUGCCAACUCUACUGUUUCCAUCCCUUGUUAGUCUUGAAGCACGGGUCUGGCUUAUCAUCUAGCGGGUUCUUCCAGGAAGCCCCCUCCGAACCUAGUUCGCUGGCCAGCUUGCUGGAGGUCGGUGUUCUUCAUCCAGCUAGGCCCAAGCUGGCAGCAACUCUGCACAUACGGUCUCCUGCGUAGGCCCCCCACGUGAUGUGUGAACAGAGGCCAUCCCCCAAGUAGCUAGGUGUGCGAGUUCCAUCCCCACGUGGGUCCCUGCUGCUGUUCCGCGAGGUGAGCUCUCUGGCGGUUCAUCCUUGGCAGCAACUGGCUUUGGGAGAAGGUAGAGCUACCUCGUUUGGCUGGAGCGUGGUCUGCCCGCUACCUGGAGCCAGGAAAUCCCGGUUGCUGUGCUUCCAAGUCUGAUAAAGUUGGUGCUUAUUAAUAGGCUAAUAUAAUUAGGAAUCUACCUAAUAGAUAUUUAGGAAUCUGUCUAAUAUAUAUUUAGGAAUACUUUGUAUUUUGGCAACUCCUCUAUUAUAAAUAUAUCUGUCAGGACUCCUAUUGGAAUACCUCUUUCCCAUUAUUUCACAUGGUAUCAAGA